AUGAAGUUCAAGAAAGAUGAAAAUGGUAAGCUAUUCUUCCAGCCUGACGAAUGGAAAACGGCUCAACAGAUCAAGAGCUUUUUCUCAAGGUACAGUGCAACCCUGCGUCGGCAACAAAUCGGUGUUGUAGGAGUGGAAGAGGAAACAGAGUAAGAGUUGACGGAAGAAGAUAUGGAGGCUUGGGAAACAGAGGCAACACUGCAAGAUUUGCGGGACGCUAUUUACAGCGAAAUGAGACAGGAACAUCCCAUCCAGGUUGGCGAAAUAAACAUUUGCGACCUUUCACUUGCUGGUAAAUUACAAAAUCUGAAAAUUGUACAGCUGAAAACUGUCUCCAGUGAGUUAGGACUCAACAUCCAAGGAUCACAAGCUAGAAAGAAAUCCUUUCUUGAGCCUCUAGAAGAAUUUGCGAAGAGCUGUAAAUGUAGAAAAUAAAUUGGAACAGUCCUGAAAGAAGACAGUCCAACUGGAAAUUUAAAUGUCAAAUCACAUUUAUACACAUUUUUUCAUUAUUUACUAAGCCAUAAGAGUCAUAACUGCUAACAUCAAAUAUUUUGAAUCCACUUGUACUUGUACAUGUCAAUUGUUGCAUGAUAAAAAUGUUUUUCCAGGAACUUUGGUGCAAACAGUGCCUGUACAUUCUUAAAUAUAUUUUCAAAGAAAUAAUAAGUUCUAAGAAAGCCUGAUGAGUAUACACAAUUAUUCAUAAUAAUACUGAGUAUACACAAUUAUUCAUAAUCAUAAAUAUUUAUACUAACAUUACGUAAUUCCCAAACUGCAAUAGACAAUCAAAUGGUUUUCCCCAGGUCAUAGAAAGCCAUGACUGCAUACGAUUGAAAUUUCGAAUGAUUUUGUUGUUUGAUCUUUGGAAUUCCCUAACAUGCUGUAAGGAAUAGUUUUACACAUUACUUUCUAAACUUUACGUAUGCCAGCAAAUUUCGUUUUAAAUUUGUAAAAAAAUAUCGUCAUUCUUCAAAACCUCUCGCCGGGGAAAACCCCGCAACAAGUGUGUAAUCGAAAGUCACAACGGAGAAACGUUUGUCGUUUCGUUAACAGGAGCAAUUUUACUUCCUUUAUUUUUGUGCCUGGUAUAUGAUUAUAUGCAAAUAAAAUUGGAGCUCCAAAUGUAGUUUUAAAGUCAACAGUUUUGCCACAAGCCGCGAUUUGUUUUCGUGCACAUUCACCUCAAGAAUUAAUAUUUACAUGUUAUGAGUGCUAUAAAUAAUUAUUGUGUGCAAAUUGCAAAUUCAAAAAUUAUAAUUAAGCGGAUUGUUACCAAGGGCAAGACUUAGUUUCGAAAACGUACCAAGACUAUUAUAGCUAAGACUAUAACUUUUGUGUAUGUUUUAGAACGCUAAAGUCAAUGCAAGAUCAUUGCAAGACAAACCUUUGGUCCUUAUCGUGAUUUUAUACACACACAAAUGUCAAGACUACAUACAUGAACACUACGUAUUAAGAAAAUAGUUGUAUUAAACCAUUUAUGUAAUUUUUAAUAUUCCUUUGCACAGCAGUUAGGUUUGUGAAAGCUUGUGAGAAUAGAACUAGUUAUAGUGAGAAUGAUUGUACGCGCCAUAUAAAAUGAGUACAAUUUCCGGUGACUUGCAAGCAUUGCAUUUAUUGUCAUCGCCCUUGACCUUUUUGAUAUCAAAGCAAGCAAAGAUGACCUUUAGAGUUUUGGGUCAGCGAAAAGAACAAAUAUGCUCCCUCUUCUGACUUAUUUCUUUAGUAAAAAUAUUUAUGGGAUAGACUAGUAAAAGCACGGGAAAUAUGGGUCGAAAUGGCUGACGUAAUUGAGACGAUUUAGGAUAAUUACGGUGGAAUUCAGGUGUCUGCUGCGUUCGAGGAAUUCAGUUUGCCAAUGAUAACUUUGUUUUAUUAUUAUAACAAACGUAUGUAUAAUCACAAAAUUGAGCAAAUGGUUCAAUAAACUGCCGCACUUUUGAUAAAACGCUAUUGAAAUCAGACUAAAUUUCGGGCCAUCACUCGAGUCGGCGGUAAGGCCAAUAUAUAAUGGAAAUUAAUAAAAAAAACUUAUGUUCCAAAGUGAAAGUUUUCUACGCUCCUGUCUUAUUCAGGCAACAAAUACUGCGGAUUCAGGUUGAGUGUUUAAUGAUGUCACGAGCACAUGAUUAUUGCAACACUCGAACGCACGCGUUGUCAAGUGGAAAACGUCUUGUUGCUAGGGCUAAUAGCUGUAUAAAUAAAUAAAUUUGUAAUCGCACAAAUGCAGCAUUAUUUGUAGCCGUAUAUCAUUCAAAAGCCCAUUAUUUGCAAUAUAAUUUAUAAAAUUAUACACACGCUUUUUGAAAAGGUAAACAGCCAGUUACUGAUAAUUUUUUAAUCAAAUAUUAAUUGUUAAUACCGAGUUUUAACGGGUUUUUUAUUAUAAAAAUGUGGCGCGUAAACGAGCACGGUCGAUUGUUUGCACAAGGAAAACCUCUAUCGCAAGAUCUCAGAUUAUUGAUUAUUAACAAAAUUAUACUUCACGGUGGUGAUACUCACACAGGUAUUUUUCCAGGGAAGUACACUGAUAUAGCGCACUCUCUGGGGGUAUCUUCGGCAGUUGUAUCAAAUAUUUGGAAACGUUUUUGCCAGGAUGGGACAACCAGCCCAAAAAAGAACAGAGGUGGAAAUCCUAGUCAUUUGUCUCAAGGCGAUCUUCAGUACGUCGAGUUUUUGAAAAAACAACGGCCUUCUAUUUCAUACAAUGAAAUUAUUGAGCAACUGAACGAGUUUGGGGACCUGCCAUAUGGCACAACGUCGACAACAGCCUUAUCCGAAGCAGUUCGACAUCGUCUUCCUAGUGGCAAGGAAUACAGCUACAAGAAAUUACAACCUAUUGCCCAAGAGAGAUUUACGCUACAGAACAUGGCUUAUACUCAACUAUUCGUAAACUACCUAAACAGUAAAGAUCCCUAUACGUUAAAAUUUUUCGAUGAAUGCGGACUAAAACUUCCACGACAUGGAACACGCAGUUACGGCCACGCUCCAGUUGGAGAACGCGCAAUUGAAUACCAGAGAUACGCAGAAUCUCCUAAUACUACAGUUAAUUUGAUGUGUUCUUUAACUGGGGUUGACUAUGUAAACACAGUUGACGGCGGUGCAGAUACAAUAGAUUUCCUUGCUUUUUUCGAGGAGGCGUAUAAUUCCAUAAACAUACGAAGUGGACGACCCUGUUUAGAUCCUGGGUCUGUGAUAGUAAUGGACAAUUGCGCAACACAUCAUAACCAAGGUGGUCUCGUUUUGCAAGAAUUCUUGAACGAUCUCGAUAUUGAACUCGUAUACAUGCCAGCCUAUUCACCUGACUUUAAUCCGGCCGAGUAUGUAUUCGGAAAGAUUCGCACUGUUAUGAAAUACAAAUUUGGCGAUAUCACCACCGUAGCUCAGUUAGUUCAGUGCAUGUAUGCAUCACUGGAUUUCAUUACUCCAGGUGACAUGCGGGGAUUUUUUGAAGUAACUGGUUAUAUAAACCUCUGA